AUGCUCUCUUCAAUCGCUACCGUCAUCGUCGCCUUGGCCGCCGCCAUCUCUGCUGAGAGAGUGAUCCCUAAGCAAGGCCGCGGCAUCAGCGUCACCCCCCAUGCACAGUACUCUUCCUCCAUCGGUGUGAUUGGAGGCAGGAUCAACACCAACCGUGUUGCCUACUGGCCCUAUGACUUCACCUGCCAGGACCUCUGCGUCAAGGUGUCUUACCAGGGCCGCAGCCUCAACCUCCUCAGGAUUGAUUCAUCUGGUGCUGCGCACGACAUCUCGUACGACGCCUGGAACUACCUUGGCUUUGGCAAGUCUGCCACGGAAGACCCUCGGCAGGGAGGCGGCAUCGUCAUGGACUUUGACGUCGUCCCUGACGACCAGUGCAAGGACCUCCUCAACGACGGCAAGUUGCCUCUCUCUGCCUCCAACAGCAUGAAUUAUGUCAGCAAAUGCCACCAACAGCAGCCCGGCAGCUGGUUUUCCAAUAACUACGAGCUUGUCAACAUCAAUGACGCUAUCAGCCACUAUGGUUGGAACGAGAUCUGCACUCUCGACAUGAAUAGUGGUGAAAACCAGCCAAAGUGCCCUCAUCAACUUGCUGACCAACACACUCCUACUGGCAUCGAAGUCGUCAACAUCGAGUACGGCACUGGCAAGAAGAAUCCAAAGACAGAUUGUAAAUGA